AUGAAAAUUUUAGAUUCGGUGUGCCCAAGAAAUAUGUGCCUACAUGCGUCACCUUGUAGCGCUGCUAUAACUGUAGCAUCUUAUGUGAAUCCACCAAUUACUCAGAACCGAUGUUCAUCCCUUACUUCCCGAUUUCCACUUCCGGUUACACCAACCGGUCCAUCUGCUCUUUUCUCUUCAUUGUUUAAUACAUCAUCAACAUUUCAACAACAGCAACAACAAUCACAUCUACUACAACAAUCUCAAAAUCUUAGUCCAAUUAAUAGCAAUCAAUGUCCUGAAACGUUAAAUAUUUUUACGGACGUAAAUACCAUAAAGGAACCGACAUUAAAUGCAAGUGCUACCUGCUAUCCUUUAUUACCAUCUUUGGAAAGUUUAAUACCAUUAACAUUACUUCAACUGGAUCAACAAGUUUCCAAUUCAUUAUUUACUCCUCAGACAUCACCUGCUUCUGCUUUGACCUCUAAUCAUAAAAUAUCGGAAAGAAACAAUUUUCAACAGCCAACCGAAUGGGUAACUCCUGUUAGAUGUCCCUCAACUACAACACGUCUUCCGAGACAGUUUUCCGUAAUCGAAAAUAAUUCCGAUCAUAAUACAAUUGGAACAGAUAUGAAACGAUCGUCGGAUUUCUCCAUCAGUCGACUGCUCCGGAAACAUUGCGGUGGAUCUACCCUGAAUAAACGUUGUAAUAUUCCGGCAUCUAAUCGGCAACAGCAUGACGAAAGAAAUGGCAAAGGUCGAAAGCAACGAACUAUUUAUGGUGUUUCACAAACUAAAAUUUUGGAGAAAGCUUUUGAGGAGCAACAGUAUAUGGUUGGAACAGAGCGUGAAAUGCUUGCCGAACGACUUGGGUUAUCGGAGGCACAAGUUCGGGUAUGGUUUCAAAAUCGACGUAGCAAAUGGCGUAAACAACUACGAGCCAAUAUUUAUGUUCAGUGA